AUGGAAGCAGCGUCGCAACAGCAGCAUGAUGAGGGGGUGGCAAGGAUAGCCGAGCGGUGGAGUGACAUGAUCUUACAGGAUGAAGAGGAUGGCGUUGAGGCCGGUGGUCUCUACCAACCGGUUGAGAUUGAGGGUGGCCAAGUUUAUUCUGUUGUUGGGCGGUUCCUCACGGCCAAGCUGAUAAAGGUUGAAUAUAUGCGUCAUGUAAUGGCCUCGGCAUGGAUGCCUGUUAUGGGGAUGCGAGUCACGGAGCUACAGUCUAAUUUGUUCUUGUUUGCCUUCUAUCAUGUCACUGAUAUGAAGCGGGUAUUGGAGGAGGGGCCGUGGUCGUUCGAGAAUCAUACUCUCGUAUGUCGUCAGGUUUGUGAUGGUUUUUUGCCGGGAGAAGUCAAGCUGGAUACCGUGGACAUGUGGAUACAGGUCUAUGAUUUGCCAAUGGGGUAUACAUCGAAGGUUGUAUUGGAACAGGUUGGAAAUUUUGUGGGAACGUUCAUUCGGUGUGAUGAUCGUAAUGUGGGAGGGCCCUGGAAGACGUUCUACCGUGUCCGUGUGUCGGUACCGGUGGAUAAGCCACUCAAGCGGAGAAUGAAACUGAUACGUAGGGAUAAGUCUUGGGGAUGGGUAAAUCUAAAGUACGAACGUCUUCAUAAUUUCUGCUUUUGUUGUGGACUAUUAGGCCACCUUGAUAAGUUUUGUGUGAAGGCUCGGGUGUCCGGUAUUAUGCCUGAGUCGUAUCCGUAUGGGCCGUGGAUGAGAGCAGGGAAAGUUAGGGGUCCGAGGCCGGUGGGUGCAUCAUGGUUGUUACCACCGGUAGGUGGAGUAAUUCCCACGGUGGCAGAGAACAAAGGUGGCGAAUCGGUUGCAGUAGAUGAUGUAGUGAUGGUACAGCAGCAACAUGUUUCGGAUGAGGAUGUUAUAGCCUCAUCGAAGCGCCGCCGUGCGGAGACAACUACAGUUGAGGGGGCGGAGACGGUGAUGAGUGGUGAAGUGGCAGACAACACGGUUUCAAAAAACUUGCAUACGGCGGGCGGGUCUUGUUUCACAGACCCGCCCAGCCCAAUGAGUACGCUAAGCUGGAACUGUCGUGGCUUGGGCAAUCCACGUACAGUUCGUGAAAUAGAGGGCAUGGUGUCCCGAAAGAAGCCCGAUUUUGUCUAUCUGAUGGAAACUAAGGUAGGCAAAGAUAAUGCAGAAAGGUUACGAGUGAAGCUUGGGUUUGAAGGGUUAUUUUAUGUUAAUCCUGUACGAAUGGGUGGUGGUUUGGCUUUGCUAUGGAGAAAAAACAAUACGGCAAGACUGAUAAGUUAUUCGAAAAAUUAUAUUGAUCUGGAGAUUAGCAUAUCUGGUUUCCCGAACUGGCGAAUGACUUGUUUUUAUGGUUACCCACACCGGAGUAGAAGAAGAGACGCAUGGGAUCUUAUUAAAUUGUUAAAGCCACAGUCCAAUCUGCCAUGGAUUAUGAUAGGAGACUUUAAUGAUCUCUUAUUCCAGCACGAGAAGAGAGGAGGUAACCCACAUCCUAAUUAUCUUUUGCGGGGAUUUGGGGAAGUUAUUGAGUAUUGCGGUAUGACUCAACUACCAAUGGAAGGGUAUCAAUUUACAUGGGAGAAAGGGAAGGGCACAGAUCGGUGGAUGGAAGAGAGAUUGGACAAAGUGUUGGCCACGAAUACCUGGCGUGAUAGUGUCCCUGGGGCAAGAGUGACUAAUAUUUUAACUAGAAAAUCGGAUCAUUCUUUUCUCUUUCUGGGGAUUCAUGACCCGGUAGGGAGGGGGAGACCACGGCAAAAACAGUUCCGGUUUGAGAUGGCAUGGGUCUAUGAUGAAGGCUGUAGGGCUGUAGUGGAAGAGUCAUGGAAUGAGAAAAGGCAGGAUGGGUUGCAUGAGUGCAUUGCGUACUAUGGAAAACGUUUAUCUCGUUGGGGGGGUGAUCACUAUCAUAAGUUCGGGGAACGUAUUAAACAACUUCGGAGUGAUCAGUUACGGUUGAGAGGACGAACGGACUCAGAAUCGUUGACUGAAUUCCAGCGAUUGGAGGAGGAGUUGAGCCGUGUUGAGGCCCAAGAGGAUGCAUAUUGGAAACAACGAGCAAAACAACACUGGUUGAAGAAUGCGGAUGCCAAUACAAAAUUCUAUCACAGGGUGGAGGAGGUGAGAAGUGCUCUCUUUGCUAUGUUUCCUGAUAAGGCACCAGGCCCGGAUGGGAUGAAUCUUGACUUUUAUCAGCAUUUUUGGGAUGUGGUAGCUGGGGAUCUGGCGAAUUAUAUUGUUCAAUGCCUUAAUACUCGAGUUUUUCCAUCUGCGUUAAAUGAAACGAAUGUUGUGUUAAUACCAAAAAAGGAUAUGCCUGAACUGGUAACAGACUUACGACCCAUAGCCCUGAGUAAUGUUGUCUAUAGGGUUAUGGCGAAAAUGAUUACACAAAGGAUGAAGCCCUUAAUGGAUAGUAUUAUAUCUGGCACACAGAGUGCAUUUAUACCGGAUAGACUCAUUACUGACAAUAUUUUGAUAGCAGCGGAGGUGGGGCACUUUCUGAACAGGAAACAGUGUGGAACGGUUGGGUGGGGAGCUUUAAAGUUAGAUAUGGCAAAGGCUUAUGACCGAAUGGAAUGGUCGUUCCUAAAAGGGAUGUUAAAAGCAUUGGGUUUUGAUGAGAGAUGGGUGGAACUGAUUAUGAUAUGCGUAACUACAGUGUCUUAUAGAUUCUUGAUAAAUGGCUCUCCUAGUAACCUGGUCACGCCUACACGUGCUAAUCAGUAUGAGGCAGUUGAAAUUAAAAGUUGCUUGGCCAGGUAUGAAGCUCUCUCAGGACAGAUGGUAAACUACCAUAAGUCUAGUAUUUGCUAUAGUAAGAAUACUGGCAGUGGAGACAGGGAGAUGGUGGUGGCGCAGAUCCUGGGAGUUAUUCAAGCUCCAAAUUUUGGGAAAUAUCUAGGUCUACCGGCCUUUAUUGGACGGAAUAAAAAGGCAGCUUUUGCAUAUAUUGAGGAUAAGAUCAGGCAAAGAAUUGGCUCGUGGAACAAGAAACUUUUAACGCAGGCAGCUAUUGAGCGAACAAUGAACCGAUAUUGGUGGGGAUCAGGAACUGACCGGGGUAUUCGUUGGAAGGCAUGGGAUAGAUUGUGUAUACCCAAGAAAUAUGGUGGCCUAGGUUUCAAGGAUCUGAAGGCAUUUAAUUUGGUUAUGUUGGGAAAGCAGGCUUGGCAUUUCCUAACAAACACUGACUCAUUGGAUGAGUUGGAUCCUAUGGUCCAGACUGAGAUGCCAUUACAGUUAGCAGAUGCUAAGGUUGCAGGAUUGAUUGAUCAAACAACUGGAACGUGGGAUCCUCACAUUUUAGCUGAUAUUUUUCAACCAAAUGAUGUGCCUAGAAUCUUAAAGAUCCCUAUCCCCCCGGAAUAUGUGGAUACUUGGUACUGGUAUGGAGAUCCAAAUGGAUGCUAUUCGGUUAAGAGUGGAUACAGACAUAUAGUGGGCACCUAUAAUACUAGCAUGGGUUUUGAUAAAUGGAAUACUCUAUGGCACCUCAAAAUACCACCCAAAUGGAAAAUGUUUCUAUGGAGAGCAAUGAGCAAUAUAUUACCCACCACUACUAAUUUGCUUAUAAAGAGGGUGGAAAUUGAUCCGACAUGCGCAAUGUGUGGAUUAAUACAUGAGGAUAUAAUGCAUUCAUUAGUGUUGUGUGACUAUGCAAAAGCCAUAUGGAGCCAAUCUAACCUUCCAAUCCCCCAAAUUGUGACAAACGUUUUUUAUGAUUGGUUUGGAGCAUUAUUAAAUGUUUUAGAUUCUGAUGCAAUCUUGUUUGCAGCCGCAAUACUAUACAAUAUUUGGAGGGCCUGGAACGAUGCUGUGUGGAAUGCUUACUUAUCAAUGCCGAAGAAGGUUGUAGCCACGGCCUUAGCAGCCGUGAAGGCGUGGCAACAACUGCAAACUGCUGCCCAAAUAACGCAUGUGGCUGCCGAAUUAAAUGCCCCCUUCCCACCGUACCGCCCCAACCUUUGCUACUGCCCAGUUCGGCCGAAGUAG